AUGGAGCGCGAGGUGCAGCGGGUUCGCGCGGCGUUCGGGUCCGGCCGCUCGCGCCCCCUGACGUUCCGGCGGCGGCAGCUCGAGGCCCUGCGCGCGAUGGUGCAGGAGCGCGAGAGGGACAUCCUGUCGGCCAUCGCCGCCGACCUGAGCAAGAGUGAAUUCAACGCAUACAGUCAAGAAGUCAUCACUGUGCUUGGGGAAAUUGAUCUCGCGCUGGAGAAGCUUCAUGAAUGGGCUGCUGCUAAACCAGCUCAGAAGAACCUGCUCACCAUGCUGGACGAGGCCUACGUCCAGCCAGAGCCCCUGGGAGUCGUGCUGAUUAUCGGAGCUUGGAACUACCCCUUUGUCCUCACCAUCCAGCCUCUGAUAGGAGCCAUCGCUGCAGGAAAUGCUGUGAUUAUCAAGCCUUCUGAAGUAAGUGAAAAUACAGCCAAGGUCUUGGCUACGCUCCUCCCUCAGUACUUAGACCAGGACCUGUACGCGGUUGUUAAUGGUGGCAUCGAGGAAACCACGGAGCUUCUGAAGCAGCGAUUUGACCACAUUCUCUAUACGGGAAACACCACUGUUGGAAAAAUUGUCAUGGAAGCCGCUGCCAAGCAUCUGACCCCCGUGACCCUUGAACUGGGAGGGAAGAGUCCUUGUUACGUUGACAAAGACUGUGACCUGGAUGUCGCCUGCAGACGCAUCGCCUGGGGCAAGUACAUGAACUGCGGCCAGACCUGCAUCGCCCCCGAUUAUGUGCUCUGCGAGCCGUCCCUCCAGGACCUGAUCGUGCGGAAGGUGAAGGAGGCCGUGAAGGAAUUUUAUGGAGAAAAUAUAAAAGAAUCCCCCGACUAUGAAAGGAUCAUCAAUCUUCGUCAUUUUAAGCGGAUACAAAGUUUGCUUGAAGGACAAAAGAUAGCUUUUGGCGGGGAGACCGAUGAGGCCACACGCUACAUAGCCCCAACGAUACUCACUGAUGUGGAUCCUGAAACCAAGGUGAUGCAAGAGGAAAUCUUUGGACCAAUUCUUCCAAUAGUGCCUGUGAAGAAUGAAGAAGCAGCCGUACAAUUCAUAAAUGAACGCGAAAAGCCCCUGGCUUUCUACGUGUUUUCUCAUAACACUAAGCUCAUCAAGCGAAUGAUCGACAGGACGUCCAGCGGGGGCGUCACGGGCAACGACGUCAUCAUGCACUUCAUGCUCAGCUCCCUGCCCUUCGGAGGCGUGGGGUCCAGUGGGAUGGGAGCGUAUCACGGAAAACACAGUUUCGAUACUUUUUCGCAUCAGCGUCCCUGUUUAUUAAAAAGCCUGAAGCGAGAAAGCGCCAACAAACUCCGGUAUCCUCCCAAUAGCCAGUCGAAGGUGGACUGGGCAAAACUGUUCUUCCUGAAACGGAUCAACAGAGGGAAACUCGGGCUUCUGCUGCUCGCCCUCCUGGGCGUCGUGGUGGCGGCGCUCGUGAAGCGUCAGUUUGGUUCCUGGGUGUGCAGGAACCCGGCGUGCGUGGAGGUGGAGGACAGUGCUGUGCUGAGGAGAAAGGCCCUGUUGAUUUUUCUGGCAGCUCACAGAUUGUGCCGUCCUGUGAGCCAGGAACGCCAGAACCCAGCCCUGUCUGUCGAGAGGAGGCUGGAUGCCACUGAGGAGUGA